AUGGCCGGCGGCGGCCUGGGAGCCAGCGGUGCCGACGGCCUAGAGCUCAGCCUCCGCCUCGGGACCCCGACGCCGGCGCCGGCGCCGGCACCGAGGAAAAACCUCACGAUCGUCUACGACCGGCGCGUGCUGGGCGCCGUCGACGUGGUCGAGCUGCAGGCAAUUGCGAUCAUAUCAACGGCGAGCAGGGAAACGGCGGGGAAGAAGAUCGCUGGCGCGUACGACGACGGCGGCAUUGAGCACAUCGACCGCCUGGGCAACAAGUGGAUGCCAACGCCGGCUUCUCCUGACCAGGGCGGUAUCUUUGCGCCGCUGCCGUUGCUCGGCGACCAGGCGGGGCUGUCGAUGAAGCGCUCGCUCCAGCGGUUCCUCGAGAAGCGCAAGGCCAGGACCGCAUCGCCGUACGACAUGCACCGGCCCGCGCGGCCGCCGAGAUAUUGA